CACUUGUAACAUCCGGUUGUGACUUGUGAGACAUCAAAUUUUUUCUCACAUUUUACAUAAUAUAAUGUUUGCAUAAUGAACAUCUGCAAUAAGCUGUUUAUCUUUUGUCUGCUGUCUUAAAAUUAAACUCAAAUGCGUUGAAAUAUUGACAGGUUUUGAAAACGAAGGCAGGGAAGCGUUGGAUGUAACGAAUCAUAGAUACUUUCUUCUCUGGGCUGGGCAUACAAGACACUUAGGCACGCGAAUUUGACAACUUGAAAACAUGUCCACUUUGAAAAUAGCUUGUUGCACUUGGAAUGUUCACGGAACUUCGCCGCCAAAGGAAGACUUGAGGGAGAUUUUACACCUUCAAGAUGAUAAACCGUUGCCAGAUGUAGUCGCCGUUGGCUUACAAGAAGUCGAGGUGAAGCCGCAUUCGUUUGUUGUCGAAAUGAUACAGGAGAACCGUUGGGUUCAAGUGUUGCAGGAUUAUCUCGGUUAUUACGGGUUAGUGCGUGUCCGCAGCCUACGUAUGCUGGGUAUGAUUGUCAUCGUAGCCGUCCAAGCGAGGCACCUGCCAUACUUACGGGAGAUUAAGACGGGCUUUGUCCGAACGGCGGUUAUGGGUUGGCUUGGCACGAAGGGAGCUGUUGCUAUCAGGUUCCUCUUGCACGGACAGUCGUUCUGCUUCAUUAAUUGCCACUUUACCGCUCAUCUUGAUGGGACUAAGCAACGGAACUCAAAUUUUGAAAGUGUACUUAAGCACAUAAAGUUUGCUGAUGUGAAAGCGGCCAUGGUGAUGGAACACGAUUUUGUCACAGUCUUCGGAGAUCUCAAUUAUCGCAUUGAUGAGGUUGCUAUUGAAGAUGUGAAGGCAAAGGUCUCAAAUGGAGAUCUUGUAUCAUUGAAGAAGCACGACCAGUUGAUGAAAAGUAUGUUAGUGGAGGAAACCUACAAAGGUUUUUUCGAGGCCGACAUAAGCUUCCAACCCACCUACAAGUACUGUCUUGGAACAAACGAUUGGGAUGCCAGUGAUCUCAAGAGGAAGCCAGCCUGGUGUGACCGAAUCUUAUGGCAUGAAGCAACCCAAGGUCAUGCAACUGUUACAAGCUAUACAUCGCACCCGCGGCACAUGACAAGUGAUCAUCAGCCGGUUAGUGCCGAAUGCACAGUGAGUAUUGAUGGUUUUGAAACAAACCAGGAGUCGAGAAUUCUGUGGAAGUUAGAAAUUGAUAGCAUGCCUUGGUAUGGAAACGACGAUGGCCUGUGCGUGUAUGUGGUCAAAGACUACAAGCCAUACAGCUGGGAUUGGAUUGGGCUAUACAGAUUGGGCUGGCAGCAUUUCACAGAUUACGAGAUGUACGAAUGGGCCGUUGGAGAUGGUGAUGAGUAUGGUGAGAACGGAUGCGCAGUCCUCUUUGAUUGUCUUCCGGAAGAGCCUGGGCUGUUUCAACUAUGCUACUUCAGCUAUAAACAGGACUGCUUCAUUGCAAUGAGCGAGCCAUUUGAAAUCCUGAAACCACGAGAUGAAGAUGUUGACCCAGUGCAAGUAAACAUUGAGAAACCCUCGCUUACUGUUUAAGAGAUAUAAUAUAACUAUAUGUGCAAAUACAUUGAAAUUUAUCAGAUUUCCAUUAUAUUAGCUAUGUAUAGUGUAGAAUUCACUGUAGAUUAUCAAAAGGAAAUCAUAUUAAGAAUUGUGGUGAAAUAUAGUUCACACUUAAAUAGUUGUUCAUUAUUGAAAGGAACAAUUGAAGGAACUUUAGUCUUGUUAAAUAUGAAAAAAAGGUUUGGACAUUAUCUUUAAAGCAAUUAUGUAUUAUAAAGAUUGGAAUGGUAUCCAAAAAUUUGGAACGUUAACUGGCUUAAUGUAGUUUAGGGUUUGAAAAAGUUGUAUAUCAAAUUAUUCAUCACUUAAUGCAUAGUUAAUUAUGCUUAAUGUCUGUAAAUAAUUCAGAAUAUAGUUGAAA